AUGCCCAACACUCAUCUUUCGAUUGGGCGCGAUGCACGACUGUGGAUCAACACCAACGGCCGACACAUCUGCGUCUACGAUCCUCAACCGAGAGAUCCUCCUGGCAGCUUUAUGCAGCGUCGAGACCCUCCAACUGGUUACACAUUCACCAUGGCUCUUGUUGUUCGAGGUAUGCGGAGGCCGGGAAGCCUCGACCUCGCGAUCCCGCCCGGCCGUCGCUGCUACCGUGUUGCUCAAGGUCCCAAAAGGUUCCAGCCGAGAGAACCUUCUGGUGGCUUCAUGUUCGCCCACACUCCACAGCGUCGCGACACUCUGACUGGUUAUACAUUCACGAUCAGGAAAGGCUCAACCUCGCGAUCCUUCGACAGGCGCGCUGCCACCAUGUCGCCCGAGGCCCAAAGAAGUCCAGCACUACGGCGUCGAGACCUGGAACUGGUUCCACAUUCAUCAUGGCUCCUCUCGUGCCAAGAAAGCUUCAUUCUCGGGAUAUUUCUCAUAGCUACCGUGGUGCCCAAGACCCCGAGAACCCCCGGCCGAGAGAGGCUCCAAAUGGCCGUUAUUGGGCUGGCAUCGACAAUGGGAAGGGGGGCUGAUGCACUGGGGACGAUGAGUGCCCGCCUUCCUCUGCUCUAUAUGCUAGGGCAAGACCUAACGCAUAGCAUGUCGCCGGCAACCCUUCCAGAUCUGCGUUUCUUGUUCCCGGGAAGGCAAGUCGUUCUACCCGAGCAGAAGCUUAUGCUCGUGAAAUCGCUGGUUUCUUGGUUGAAAAUUUGGUCUCCUAACUCUGGAACUGGUCUCUGGACCGCCACGAGUCAUCCAAACACUGGCAGUGCCUCGUAUGGCAUCCAUCUGUUUAUGCCGCACCCGAGAAUUGUGUUUCACCUUCCUGCGCGGAUUUUGAGAGCUUGUGGUCGAUUCUACCGUUUACCAACCCUGCCUGGCGAGCGAUUGCGGCCAUUUUCUAUACUGCCAUUUGAUAGGUCUGCUGCACCUUCGAUCCGAAGGGCUGCGACUCGUGCCGUCUCGCUUCCCCCUCGAUCGCGUGGGAUCUUCUUCUCGACAGCGCCUGGCUGGGCUUGCCUCAUUCUGAAACUGAGCACGAAUUGCUUCUCUGUCAGCGAACACACCAGACUUUUGCAGGCAGACUCCAAGGUUGAACUGAAGCUGAAGCAGGAGCAUAAGACAGGACUGCUUGAAUCACAAGGCCACGGCGCAUGUGCAAUGAAAAGCAGUAGAGGGCAGAAUGCGAAAGUGAUGCAGGUUCAGGCUGCAGCACCUUCGCCAUUACGGCAGCACACCCUUCCAAUACAAUCCCCAUCGCUAGGCAUAAGCCAUGAAGCCUACCGAAACCCACCGAGAAACUCGCAGAUCCCGAAGAGAAAAUCAAAUGCGGACAACCCAUUGACGAAGAAGAAAGCCAGAGUAGCGAAGCCAACCCAGAACAAACCAACCCUCAUCGCAGCAUGGAUUUUAGCUGAAAGAAGUAGCUGCCCGACGCGUCCACACAAAAGUCCAAUCCGGACGAAGGGACAGCUUCACAUUGAGAUCCAAUUCGGUCCAUCUCCGGAGAGCGCGCGGGUGAUAUCGCUCAUAUACCUCGUUGCAGAAUGCGUUGGCGUACUGUCCAUGAUCGCUGCGUUCCUUGAGCAUGAGGUCGCGAAUGGCUACGUCCAGGAAAAACGUCCGGGACAGCCAUUCUAUUCUCACUUUGGGUUCCUGGACGCAAUGCGGCCAAAGUUCGAUUUGCAAUGUGACUAUGGCGCGAGGCAUCAGACGGCUUCUCUCGCCUUUCAUACCAGGUGCCAGGGCCAUGAGCUGCCUGAAGGCACCAUGAGCACGCAAAAGCUGCCGCUCCCAAAAUGUGACCAGGCGCACAGCUUUUCAAGGACAUCACUUCGACCAAAUGACACGCCACCUCGCAGUCAAUUGUCCUGGAGAGCCGUGGGUGGUGACCGUUGUCAAUACAUUGGAUGCGUCUCCUGCCAACAGGCAAAUUCAUCUGAGGCGAGCUUGUCCAUCUCCAGGCGCAGCUCCGCAGGCAGGCAGGAGAAGCCAGGUCCAGGCGUGCUUCUUGGAGUGUUGCUGGCCAUAUCUCUGGCGAUUGGCGCUGCUGUUUGUGUUGUCGGCAUCAUGAUGAAUUUGCGAUGCCUGCCGUUGCACGACAUCCCUGUCAGUGCCGCUCACAGGCACGUCGCCGAACGUGUCAGCGCCCUCACACGCAGGACUAUCGUAUCACCAGAACAUCAUCGUCCGCUGUCUGAGAUGGUACCAUCAUUCAGCCUAUCUCCGUUUCAGGCCCUUGCUGUUUGGGAGCAUGGGAAGUCACACGUCGGAAGCAGCAGCAUUACGCCCCCAUUGUCCCAGUCACUCGUGCGAACAUAUCAGAAUGCAUGUCGCCUGCACGCAAGAAUGCAUGAUCACUUAUACGCGGCGCAUUGGGACUGCUUUCACGACUCAUCGCAUAGAGAGGCAGCCGGCGGACAACUCUCCUUUCCCCGGAGCGGCACGUAUGUGGAUGGAUGCGUUGCGUUUGGGAUGGAAAAGAAUGAGGAGUUGGAAUGGCCAAGAUCUGGUAGCUGCUUCUCCGUCAUAGCAUUCCGGCCAUGCAUUUUCGACCGCCAAUGUUCCAUGUACAUCAUCGCUGCACCGUCGUUCCUUGAGGGACGUCGAGCGGCAGGCGAUGGCGGGUACGGGAUCCAUGGACCGAAAAGAACCGGCAAUGGAACAAGUCUCAAUGGCGACUUGGAACUAAAUGUCUGGGCACGACAAGACAGGAGAAGGGCAUUGACGGGAGCCACAGCAACGACUGAGAUGGCGAAUCUCAGCCAUCUGAGCUGGCUACCUGGAGAGCCUUCUGGCAGACCGACAUUGACGCAUGUUCUAAUCUUCUUCGGCAGAUACUACGACAAAGAUUACGUGACAUGCGAAGAGCGAUACGAAGUCACACCGACAGGCCUGCGAAGCUGCCAAAGCUGUUUGGGCAACUGGCUUAUGGAAGGGUGGACGUCAUACCUCAACGAACUCCGCCUCCAACUGUCUUUGCUUGGUCUUGAACAUCUCCUUGGGUUGAAAGUCGACGCGCCAAUACAGGAAUCAUACCGCGUUCUCCGCCUUCUCGUUCCUAUGCUCAAUUCCAAAGAACUCCGAUCAACGAUCAUCAACACUAGCUUGAUGUCAAGUACACGACAGACUGGUACAACUCUGAUAAUAGCUCAUACAAAUAUGCAUGUCCAGGAAGGCGCCGCAGACACUUGCUCGCUGGUCGACAUUUCUCGUAACGUGGAGAUGGUCCAGAAAGACACUUUGCAGCUUUUCAUUUUGCAAGCAGUUAAAGCUCCCAGCGUCUGCGAAAAUGCACCGCGUUGUUGGCGAGCAGCUAUCAAUAAGGAAAUGAUUUACAAACUCGAAACCAGUUAUCCUGAACUCAUUCCAAUCAUCGAGCUGCUCGACAAUCUGCACGAGGAGGACGAAGACGGUGGCUCUUUGAUCUUGGUUGAGAGACAAUUUAUGAUCCCGGCAACGUGUACGAAUAUCACGUUGUCUGGACCCCUAUGGGCCUAUCCAAACAAGUCGACUUCAACCCCUUCUUAG